AAGGCAAUUUAAAGAGACUUGAGUGGGGCUGGAGGCUGCCUACCUGCAGGCAGGGGUGGUGUGGCCAAGCUCAGCCUUUCCUCGCCCUCCACCCCGCCUCUUCCUCCUCUAGGAGGAGUCUAGAGAAUGUCCCGGAUUGGAGGCUUUUGGAAAACUGAUCCAACUCUCCUCCUCCUGGUUGGCCUCGGGCCUUUCGUGGCUGUUGCUUAGGACGUCAAGAAUUUUGGGGGACCUUUCAAGAAAUGCAGACUUCGCUGAAGUAGACCCCUUUCUGGCACCUACCACUGCGGAUGAAGUUCCCGGUGCAGGCCACACAGGCUGUGGACGUCGUACCCACGCGCCACGCUUUGCGGUGAAAUGCAUUCGGGCGGACUGCAGACACUGGGGUGUUCGGGACUAUGGGGGACAGGCUGGAAGCCUGGGACAGGCCGGGAACAUCUGGGACUGCCGGAGACGAGGUGCCUGGACCCCGAGCCUAUGCGCGCCGCUGGGUCUUCUUGCUGGUGGUCAGCCUUCUGAGCUGCUCCAACGCGAUGCUAUGGCUCAGCUUUGCACCUGUAGCAGACACCGUCGCACAGCACUUCUUCCUGUCCAUGGAGCAGGUCAACUGGCUGUCACUAGUCUACCUUGUGGUAUCCAUCCCAUUUGGCAUGGCAGCCAUCUGGAUUCUGGACUCUGUUGGGCUCCGUGGAGCGACUGUCCUGGGUGCGUGGUUGAAUUUUGCUGGGAGUUUGCUACGUGCUGUGCCCUGCUUGGAUGUCAGGAUCCCCAAUCCCUUUGCCUUCUUCAUGAGUGGCCAGAGCCUCUGUGCCGUGGCCCAGACCCUGGUCAUCUCUUCUCCAGCCAAGCUGGCUGCCUUAUGGUUUCCAGAGCACCAGCGAGCCACAGCUAACAUGAUCGGCACUAUGUCAAAUCCUCUGGGCAUCCUUAUGGCAAAUGUACUGUCUCCUGCCCUGGUCAAGAAGGCAGAGGACAUCCCCAUGAUGCUUGGUAUCUACAUUGUCCCUGCUGCCCUUGCCUGUUUCUUGGCCACUGCCUGCCUCUGGGAGAGUGUGCCUCCUACCCCGCCAUCUGCAGGGGCUGCCAACUCUACUUCAGAGAGUUUCUUCCAUGGCCUCAAACUGCUCAUACAGAAUAAGGCCUAUGUCAUCCUGGCCAUAUGCUUUGGUGGUGGCAUUGGUAUCUUCUCCAGCUUCUCAGCCCUCCUGGAACAGAUCCUUUGUGCCAAUGGCUACUCCAAUGAGUUCUCAGGCCUCUGUGGGGCUCUCUUCAUCGUGUUUGGGAUUUUAGGGGCACUGCUUCUAGGCCUGUAUGUGGAUCGGACCAAGCACUUCACUGAAGCCACCAAGAUAGGCCUCUGUCUGACUUCCAUGACCUUCGUGGCCUUUGCUCUGGUGUCCCAGCUGCGGGGACAGACCUUUGCGUUGGCUGCCAUCUGCUCCCUCCUUGGGCUCUUUGGCUUCUCAGUGGCACCUGUGGUCAUGGAGCUGGCGGUUGAAUGCUCGUUUCCUGUGGGUGAAGGUGCCUCUGCUGGCUUGAUUUUUGUCCUGGGGCAGGCCGAGGGUGUGCUCAUCAUGCUUCUACUGACGGCACUGACCGUGCGGCGAACAGGUCCAUCCUUUUCUACCUGUCAGCAGGGUGAGGAGCCUCUAGACUGGACAGAGUCUCUGCUGCUGCUGGCUGGCCUGUGUACUCUUCUCACCUGUGUCUUGGUGCUCUUCUUCAACACUCCAUAUCGGCGCCUGGAGGCUGAGUCUGGAGGACCCCCUUCAUCCAGGAUGUGUGCCAGAGAGCCAAAGAUAAUAAGCCCCACCCAAGUGCCACCCCUUGAGACUCGUGGCUUAACAUCUCCAGCUGGGGCCUUGCAGGAAACUCCUGACCCUGCUUCUCUCCUCAAAGGACACUCAGAAUGGGCAGAGACAUCUAGUAAAGCAGAGGCUUGCUAGGGUCUCUUUGACUGUGCCAGCCAUGCUAAGAGCUCAGACAAGGACACAAAGUCCUUAGCAUACCUAGAGUAUGAUGGGAUGGCCUUUUGGUCCUCAGGUAGACAAUGCUUGAUUAAACAUAACUGCUGUUGUAUGGGUACUGGUCAGUUAGGGUGGACUCUGGCCAAGCCAGACUUGUGGUGGCUGCUCAGGGAGGGCCUGUUCAUGGGGAGAGGGAGUGAGUGGUAGGAGACUGAGGGAGUUCUGAGGGCUAUGGCAUGGCCAGUCUGAGGUAGACAGGUGUAGGAAGAUUUUGUUUCAACUGUAUGACCAGACAGCCUGAUUCUAGGAUAGCACAGAGGGCAGAGAGCUGGUCUGAGCAGAGCAGGGAACAGAAGGAUCUCUGGUGGACACAUUCCCUCCAAUGAACACUCAUAGGCAAGUUUGUGUGUCUAACUUUAUUGAACUGGCUGCAGCUUGCAGUCUGAAGGAUGGAGAAGCCCAUGCUGCUUCCUCCACAUGGGUGAGCUCAUCACUUUGUAGUGUAGGUUGCCAGCCACAUCAAUAAAGGCAAACUCCAGCAUUUGA